GGCUCUGAGGAGCCCGGAGGGAACCGGCGACGAGGGGACCAUGUACCGGGACCCGGAGGCGGCCAGCCCAGGGGCACCCACCCGCGAUGUCCUGCUGGUCUCUGCCAUCAUCACCGUCAGCCUUAGCGUCACUGUCGUCCUCUGCGGCCUCUGCCACUGGUGUCAGCGCAAACUGGGCAAACGCUACAAGAAUUCUUUGGAGACGGUGGGCACGCCAGACUCAGGGCGUGGGCGCAGUGAGAAGAAGGCCAUCAACGAUCUAGACAGAGACUUUUGGAAUAACAAUGAGAGCACAGUGCAGCAGAAAUGGAGCUCCUACCCUCCCAAGGAGUUUAUUCUAAACAUUUCACCCUACGCCCCUUAUGGCGACCCACGACUGUCCCUCAAUGGCACCCUCCUGUCGGGUGCCAAAGUGGCCGCUGCGGCGGGGCUGGCGGUGGAGCGGGAAGGCCGGUUGGGGGAGAAGCCGGCGCUGGUGCCGCCACCCGGAGAGGACGCCUUGAGAAUCGGCGGGGCUGCCCCCAGCGAGCCAGGCAGCGGUGGCAAGGCUGGGAGAGGCCGCUGGCGGAUGGUGCAGAGCCACCUGGCCGCAGGGAAGCUCAACUUGUCCAAUUUCGAGGACUCCACCCUGUCCACGGCCACUACCCUUGAGUCUAUCCCCAGCUCCAUGGGAGAGCCGAAAUGCCAGCGACCCCGCACCCUGAUGCGGCAGCAGAGCCUGCAGCAGCCGCUGAGCCAGCACCAGCGGGGCCGGCAGCCCAGCCAGCCCACCACCAGCCAGAGCCUGGGCCAGCUGCAGGCCCACACGGCCGCGGCACCACCGGGCACCAACCCCCGGGCCUAUGGCCGGGGCCAGUCUCGGCAGGGCGCCUCGGCCGGCUCCAAGUACCGGGCGGCUGGUGGCCGCAGCCGCUCCAACCCAGGCAGCUGGGACCACGUGGUGGGGCAGAUUCGAAACCGAGGCUUGGACAUGAAAUCCUUCCUGGAAGGCCGGAUGGUGGUGCUAUCCUUGGUCUUAGGGCUUUCGGAACAGGAUGACUUUGCCAAUAUCCCUGACCUGCAAAACCCAGGAAUCCAGCAGAACCAGAACGCUCAGGGGGACAAGAGGUUGCCUGCAGGAGGGAAGGUGGUGAACACAGCCCCAGUGCCGGGCCAGACACCCCACGAUGAGUCUGACCGCCGGACCGAGCCACGCUCCUCCGUCUCGGACCUUGUCAACUCCCUCACCAGCGAGAUGCUCAUGCUCUCCCCAGGCUCCGAGGAGGACGAGGCCCACGAGGGCUGCAGCCGAGAGAACCUGGGCCGGAUCCAGUUCAGCGUCGGCUACAACUUCCAGGAGUCCACGCUCACCGUGAAGAUCAUGAAGGCCCAGGAGCUGCCGGCCAAGGACUUCAGUGGCACCAGCGACCCCUUUGUCAAGAUCUACCUGCUGCCAGACAAGAAGCACAAGCUGGAGACCAAGGUGAAGCGAAAGAACCUGAACCCCCACUGGAACGAGACCUUCCUCUUUGAAGGUUUUCCCUAUGAGAAGGUGGUGCAGAGGGUCCUCUACCUCCAGGUCCUGGACUAUGACCGCUUCAGCCGCAAUGACCCCAUCGGGGAGGUGUCCAUCCCCCUCAACAAGGUGGACCUGACCCAGAUGCAGACCUUCUGGAAGGAUCUGAAGCCAUGCAGCGAUGGGAGUGGGAGCCGAGGGGAGCUGCUCUUGUCUCUCUGCUACAACCCCUCUGCCAACUCCAUCAUCGUGAACAUCAUCAAAGCCCGGAACCUCAAAGCCAUGGACAUCGGGGGCACAUCAGACCCCUACGUGAAGGUGUGGCUGAUGUACAAGGACAAGCGGGUGGAGAAAAAGAAGACGGUGACAAUGAAGAGGAACUUGAACCCCAUCUUCAAUGAGUCCUUCGCCUUCGAUAUCCCCACAGAGAAGCUGAGGGAGACGACCAUCGUUAUCACUGUUAUGGACAAGGACAAGCUCAGCCGCAAUGAUGUCAUCGGCAAGAUCUACCUGUCCUGGAAGAGCGGGCCAGGGGAGGUGAAACACUGGAAGGACAUGAUUGCCCGUCCCCGGCAGCCUGUGGCCCAGUGGCACCAGUUGAAGGCCUGA